GUCCAGGGUUUUUCCCGCCCUUACCGGGACGUCCGGAGGGGCGGCCUUUUCCCGCCCCAUCCUCAGUCUUGGGGAAACGAAACAGCCGUCGGCGAGACCGCCCCCUCCUCCCCGUGCCACCUCCUUCCUCGACCACGGCGUUUUCCCUGUGCCGCUGCCGCCGGUGCGCAUGAAGAGCCUCGGGAUGGAGCAGACGCUGCCGCCCUACGAGGUGCUGCCCACGGGGGUCAACAUGGAGGAGCUGCCCCGGACGACCACGACCACGGCGGUGACGGUGGAGGAGGAGCAGCCGCCCCCCCGAGACCACCUGGUCUGGUCCCUCUUCACCACCCUGUACGGCAACUUCUGCUGCCUCGGGUUCCUGGCGUUCUUCUUCUCCGUCAAGGCCAGGGACCGCAAAGUGCUGGGUGACCGCAGCGGGGCCCUGAGCUACGGCUCCACGGCCAAGUGCCUGAACAUCACGGCCCUGGUGCUCAACAUCAUCGCCGUCCAUCUCACCCCUCAGCGCCAGGGGGAAGAGGUUCAGGGUCCCCCCCCCCACCGCAGCGUGGCUGGUUAA